AGUUAUCAUUACUUAACAUUAUGGGUUUCUACUUGGCGGCACUGCUGUUGGCGGCUCGCUGUUUAGCACUGUGCGAGGCGGUGAGGGCCUCUGUGAAUGAAGUUACUGGAAAGACGUUGAUCCCUGGACACCUGUUUACCUUUGAGAAGGCUGUGCCUGGUGAUGUUAUCAACUACAUCAUAGACGCAGGGAGUCUUGAGUCUAACAAAGGAUAUGAAAUUAGGACCUCGAUGCCAGGCCAGGCUCCUAUGAGUACUCUAUUCGUGCUCUCGGCUACUGAGGGGCGGGACCCCGUAAUAGAAGUCGAUGAUUUUAAGAUAGUUUUCAAGACUGACGGCAACGGUGCAAUCAUUGGAGCUGGGGAGCCGGAUCCGAUCCUGCGACGGUACAUCCUCCAACUCCGGACUCGGCCGAGAUCAGCAUCCUAUAUUCCCGGCAAGAUGGGAGAGCCUGUGGCAUUCAACAUCAUCAUGGAACCUCUUGCGUUUGGUGUCCUUCCGGAGAGUCAGUUACGACUCAUACCAGCACUAGUAGCGGCGUUGGUAGCGGCAAUACUGAUGUGGUGGUGUGUGUUCAUCCAGCAAAGGCCACGUUGGUUGUUCAUUCCCUCGCAACCUAGCACAACUGACAAGGCAAAGACCAAGUGAUUUCUACUAG